UCGUCUCGUUUGCACUGACGUUGCGUCACAGAAACGGAGAAUUCCAGAUGACCACCGACUUCUCGAACAACUCGUACGUGAACGACGGCAAGCUGUACAUCAUGCCGACCCUCACGUCCGACGUCAUCGGGUACGACAAUGUCCUCAACGGCUAUACGUACAACAUCUCCGGCUGCACGAGCACGAACCUCACGUCCUGCGGCACGGUGUCGAACUCCAGCACUAGUACCGUCAUUAACCCGGUCAUGAGCGCGCGCAUCUCGACGAAGAAUAGCCACAGUAUCAAAUAUGGCAAGGUCGAGGUGGUAGCCAAGCUCCCCGUAGGCGACUGGCUUUGGCCGGCGAUCUGGAUGUUGCCCGUGAACGAUGUUUACGGUGCUUGGCCCGCAUCCGGCGAAAUUGAUAUCAUGGAGUCACGCGGCAACGGCCCUUCGUACAAGGCACAAGGAGACAACUACGUGCGCUCCCAGCUGCAGUGGGGUCCCUUUAGCUUCCUCAACGCGGUGUCCAAGACAUAUGGCUGGUGGACGCAGCGCCGGUCCACAUACGCCGAGGGAUUCCACACAUACGCCAUCGAAUGGACCGACAAGUUCAUCCGCAUAUACGUCGACACCCGCUUGGACCACAUGCUCGAGGUCAGCUUCAACGAGCCAUUCUGGGACCGCGGCGACUUCCCCGACACGAUCCUCAACGGCUCAGAGUACAUCGAGACGCCCAAUCCAUGGGCCAACGGUACCACGAACGUCGCGCCGUUCGACCAGGAGUUCUAUCUGCUGAUCGACCUCGCCGUCGGCGGUACUAACGGGUGGUUCCCGGAUGGCAUUGGGAAUAAGCCUUGGCUUGAUGGCUCGACAGCGGCGAUGCACGACUUCGCGCAGGCCCAAGAGACUUGGUAUGCGACGUGGCCGCAGAACGUAGAAGAUCGCGCGUUUGUCAUCGACUCGGUGAAGAUGUGGCAGUCGUGUUAGACGCGCGAUCAGGAUAAGAGGGACUAGUGCGCCGCGGACAUCCCACGCUGACUGACUCAGUGAAUCGAUCAGCGCUCAGCGGCCGCCGCUGUCUCGUUGUUUGUGCAUCAGUCGAUCAGGCACGCUUCUCGUGUCUUCUGUUCUGGACUGCCCCUGCGAAUCGUGUAUGGCCCGACGGGCUCUGCCUGUGAGCUUGGAUGUGGUACACCGUUCUCUCCUUCGCUAGACUCUCCUUUCUCCGUCCUGGGCGGGCGCAUUCGUCUUGUAGUGCAGCACUUUACUUGUGGCACUGCUCGUGUUUUUUUUUUUCUUCAGCUCCUCGGCUGCCGGAACAUUAUAGUACAGUUCUUGUUUAGCAUACGUUUGGCGGACAUACUAAGCUGUACCGAUACCUAUAGACAGUCUGUGGCUAGAUAUUUGGACGAGAAUACGUAUGUACCUGCUCGCGGAAAGCUUACGGAGGAUGUGAAUGCGUAUUGAACAACAUAGGGCAGUA